CAAUACCAAUAAUGGAUUAAAAGCAAGGAUUAUCAUUAAACAGACUGUUGAGAAAACUAAUUAUUCUAACAAUGAAGAUUAGCGAUUUUGCAAAAAUUUUGCAAAACGUGCAACUACCGUUAUAAUUCAGACCAGUAAGUGUCUAUUAGAUAUGGUAAGGGCAUAGAAGAUGCCAUAAAGAAUUUUCUAAACAAGAAAGUUGAAGAAACACAUUACUGAUAACUCCAUUUGCAUCUCAGUUCCAGUGUUGGAGUGACAAAAACAUAAUAAUAGAGGCCCACUGGGGCCUAAGUGCGCGUAAAAAUUACGCACCCCUGUACAUACAUUCAACAUAAUAAUAAUACAAAACGAGUUUAUAACAUCAAUUUAUUUAAUUAGUGACACUUCAUGUUUUAGAUCAAAUUAGAGAUUAAAACAACUUUAUCAAAACCUUUAAAAAAUACUAAUUUGUUAUUAGUCAUACUGAGUUUCGAGUAAAUCAUGUGUUAUGAGAAUGUAAUAUCAAGAAAUGUACACCAAAAAUGUUUUUUUAUUCGAUUAGAGGUAGUGCGAUAUGGUUCACCAGGUGUGAUUUAUCUUAUUAUAUUUUUAUGGAAAUUACAAAGUAUUAAGAAAUGAUUAAAUUAUAUCUGAGUCUAUAAUAUGCCCUCAAGUGUGUAUCUUUGAACGAACAGAUUCCAGUAUGAUAGAUUCGUUUCAUAUUUAAGUGUAUACAGUCGUGACAAACAGGUGUCCUGUAUCUUCCAUGAUAUCAUUUUCCUAAUAAAAUGUUUUCGAAAUGUUUAUAACAACCGCACGGGAACUGUUUAAUGCAACACUUUUGCUUUCAGAUGCAUGAAUGUAAAGAAAAUAUGAAAAUUAGAAGAAUUUGUAGUUUCACAAGUUGCUAAAGGAAAAAUCGGUAUUCGGAAAAUCCUAACUAAAAACGUUUAGAACAAAAGUUGUAGCAAAUUUUACUCUUAACACAUUGCUGUGUAACACUUUUGCUCUCAGAUGCAAUUAAUUUUAGUUUUGCGAUUUGCAUUGCUAUCAAAAUACUAGAUAUCUUGAGUUAAGGAUAAAUUUAAGUAGAAAGAAUUCAUAGUUCAGUUCUUUUAGGUGAUAGCAGUAUUACCGAAGGUCAGUCCCAAUUAGAGAUUACAAAACAUCAAAUUAUCAUCAAUCAUUCACGCAAUGGAUUAUAGUAAGAGCUCAUCCCACAUAUUGUUGAUUAAUCAUGUAAUAAUUAAACAUGUUGCGAUAGGUAACAGAAGGAAUUAAUUAAUAACAUUAUGAAAAGUAAUAAUAAAAAAAUUCUUAUUAAUUUAAUCGAUAAUAAAUACGUGGGGGGAAAAAUCAGAUAAGAUACGGAUAAAAAUAUUUAAACGAUAUUUAUUUUAUGUAACGGGAAAAAAAUACCAGAAAGUAAUUAUUCUGGCUUAUAGCAACACGUUUCGUGAAUUUGCUGUAAUUUUACUUUAAAAAGGAUUAAAAAUGGAAAAUGGUAUAAAGUCAGAUGACAAGAUUAAAGUAGACGAGGUGAACGAGAAAAUUAAUGUUGAGAAAAAUCAACAAAUUGAAACUCCAGAAGAAUCAAGUUUAUUACCUACCGUAAAUAAUAACGAAGUUAAUAAUAAUUUCAAUAAUACUGAAAAUGAUGUAGGAGAAAAUGAGAGCGCUCUAAUAAUUGAGAAUAAUAUCGAUGGUACUGAAAAAUCCAUAAUAACCCCUGAAAAUCAAGAAAUAUCUGUUCCUCAAACAGCUCUUAUUGACGAUUCUGAACAGCUUAUAGCACAACCAACACUACUUGUAGAUGUAGAUCCAAAGAAUUCUGAAUCUAACGAAACGUCUUCAUUACAAGCAACUUCAGUAGUUGAUGCAGAAAAAGAAAUACAAAUUCAAGAACAAAUUUCGCCUGAUUCAAUAUCUGAUGAUAACAAAAUUGAUUCUGAUAAAGGAUUUGUAACUAACUCAGAAAUACAGGAACCACCAACAUCACCCCAAGUUCAAUCAUCUUCUUUACAAGCAACUUCAGUAAUUGGUGAUGAAGAAAAAGAGAUACAAAUUGAAGAACAAAUUUUACCUGAUUCUGACCUUGUAAAUAACGCACAAAUACAUGAAACACAAACAUCUCCCCAAGUUGUACAAAUACCCGAAAAUAUUUUCAACCUCGAUAAUGCCCUUAUAAAAUUAAUAAAACAACACGCUGUAAGCUUAGGGUUCCAAGAUGUAACAGUUGAUGUAACCCGUGGAACUGAUCUGGGCGAUAAUUUUAUGGGUUAUAUAGGAAAACUAACUAUUAAAGGUAAAAAAAAUGAAAACAACGAAGAAAAUGUUAUGAAUUGGGUUAUAAAAACCGCCCCAAAUAACGAACUUUACCGAACGCUUUUAAAAGUAUCUCUUUUAUAUACAAGAGAAGCUUACGUUUACGAACAUGUUUUUCCUAUAUUUAAAAAUUUCCAAUUGGAAAAAAAGAUUUUAAAACCGUUUCAAGAAUACCCUCAAUUAAUUUUUACUACUUUAGAACCGAUGAUAGAAAGUAUUGUUAUGGGGGAUAUGAAAUCAAUUGGUUAUUCAAUGACGAAUCGUCAAGAACCCCUCGGAUUGAAUUAUAUCAAAUUGGUAAUGAAAACAUACGCGAAGUUUCACGCUAUCUCGUAUGCUUUAAGGGAUCAAAAACCGGAUGUUUUUAAAACGUUAACUGGUAACGUUGAAGAUAUAAUUAAAGAAACUUUACACGAAGAAAUGGCUUAUAAAACUCAAGGACCUAUGAUAAUGAGUGCUUUAGAGUCUUUAGAUCCUGUUAAAGACGCAAGAGCGAUUAUUAAGUUUAAAAAAUUUGCAGAAAAAUUUGUAGAAAUCGUUAAAACUACCAUUAAUAAAGUAAAUCAUUAUUCAGUUAUUGGACACGGAGAUAGUUGGACUAAUAACAUUUUAUGGAAAUAUGAAGAUCCUAAUAAUCCAACAAUUCCAACCAAAGUAUGUUUAUUAGAUUGGCAAGUAGCCCGAUAUGGUUCCCCAGCAUUAGAUUUAUCAUACUUCCUUUUCACGUGCACCGAUAAAGAAUUCCGUGAUCAUCAUUACGACGAUAUGAUUCGACUUUAUUAUUACACAUUAUGCGAUCAUUUGAACGCAUUAGGUAGCGAUCCAGAAGUUCUUUUACCUUUCGACGUGCUUCAAAAGGAAUUGAAAGAAUUUUCUGUUGUUGGAAUGUACAUGUCCAUUUUCGUUUUGUUUAUUUGUACAAGAGAAACUGAGGAAAUGGCCGAAUGGAGAUCGAAAGAUGUAAAAUCCGAAGAUGUUAGCAACAAAUGGGCUACUAAAAGUGUUAACGCCAAUAAAUAUCAACGAAGAGUUCGUGAUGUUAUAGUCGAUGUUUUUGAAAAAGGUUAUUUAGAUUGUAUUAUGUAAAUAGUAUGCAAUGUUUUAGUGUAAAAACUCAAAAAAAUAAAGAUAAAUUUAAUA